AUGCCGCCCAACCCCACAACAGUCGAUCCUGCGGAUGAGGUGAGCACCUUGGCAUCCUCCGUUAGUGGCAAAACCGGCUCUUCUACCGCCGAUUAUACCACCAGCACAUCGGCAUCAUCUCCUACUAGCCGCGUCCUCGCCUACAACCGAGGCAGUAGUCGAAGAAGUUUCUUUAGUAGCACGAGCGAUCAUGGCGACAAAGAUGCGGCGACGCGACGAUCGACGACUUCCAAUGAGAUUCUAGCUCCUUCGACAACCAGUGCGUCCAAAACCAAAAAGGCAACACGCGACAUGACGAUUAACAAACUUAGGUUUUAUGGCCUUGGAUUGAUUGGGAGAUCGGACGAGACGACGACGCUUCGGGAGAUUGCCAAACGAGCAAAAGACACGGGUGGUAAGGAGCUCAUUCUGAUCUCUGGAGAAUCCGGGACAGGGAAAACGGUCUUGGCAAAGACCAUUGAGAACGAAAAGACGAAUCAGGGUUUGUUCGCAGCGACCAAGUUUGAUCUCAAGUUUCGUGACUCCCAGGUGCCAUACGCUGGGAUUGUCGGAGCUUGUCGAGAAAUCUGUCGCCAACUACUCCUACUCCGAGAAGUGGACGAGGAACGGUUUCAGACUGUCUGCCAAGAAAUCCAACAGGUGCUGGGAUCGGAUCAGUCUUUGCUAGCCAGCAUGGUCUCGGGAAUGGACGAGAUCCUCGACAUCAAGCCACAACGACGCCGUCAACGGCAGCAAGCAAUGCAAGAGAAAAUGAAUCGCACCGUGUACGCCUUUCAACGGUUCUUUCAAAAGCUAUGUGCUUUGUUUCCAAAGAGUGUCAUGAUCUUCUUUGACGAUUGUCAGUGGGCCGACUUUACCUCGCUGCACUUGUUGGAAACCUUGCUAUCGGAUGAUCAGAUUGAGGGACUUGUGGUGCUUGGUUGUUAUCGGUCUGAGGAGGUCUUUGAUGCGCACAUGCUGAGUCAGACAAUUCGAAACCUGCAAGCAAAGGCGAACGACACGUUCCACAUUUCAAGACUUUAUGUCGGGAAUCUCCAAGAGCACCAGGUGCAAGAGUUUGUGAUGGAGCUGCUCUCCAUGGACAAGCAAUCACAAAUUGACAACUUGGCGACACUUUGCCACAAAAAGACCAUGGGAAACGCAUUUUUCUUGAAGCAAUUCCUUUCUCAUAUCCACGAGGAGGCACUGUUGAUUUACAACUUUGGGCUCAUGAAAUGGACAUGGGAUGAACAGGAAAUUGCCAUCAAGGUCAGCGCCACCGACAAUGUGUUGGAUCUCCUCAAGAAGAAGAUGGAGUUGUUGGAUCCUGAAGUUAACGAGCUACUGACUGUCUUGGCAUGCUUGGGGUCAGAUCUCCCAGAUAACGUGGUGGCCAUUGUUUGGUCAGAUUAUUGUGAUGCGAACCCUCUGAAAACACCGCAAAGACAGUUCACUCUGAAUUCUUUGCUGGAUGCUGCCGUAGAAGAAGGAUUCUUGGAGCACCAUCCCGCUCUGUCCAUCUACCAGUUUGUCCAUGACAAGGUGCACGAGUGCUGCCUGGAAGCAACCGACCCUCUUCAUUUGCCGGUUACAAUGGCAACCAUUGGUCGGGUUGUACUUGCACAAGUGAAACAGGGUACCCUCGAGGAACAAUUCUUGUUUACAGCGGUGAACCUCAUGAAUGAAAGUCUUCCCCCCGAGGAUGAAAAGGAUAGAGUGACGUUAGGCAAGCUCAAUGCAGAAGCUGCGCAAAAUGCGGCUGGUGCUUCUUCCUUCGUAAGUGCAUCACAGUAUAUCAAGAAAUGUCUAGAUCUUCUACCCGACAGCAGAUGGUCAGAUGAGCUCUACACUUUUACGUUGAAUACGUACUCAUUGGGAGCAGAGGUGGAAGCUUGCAUGGGUUGGGCAAAUCUGGAGACAAUGAACGCGUACUGUGAUGAAGUCUUGGUUCACGCACAAUCUGAGCCUGACAAGUUUCGAGCCUACAAUGUCAGGCAAGAAAGUGCCCUCAUGCAGAACCAGCACGAGGAGUCUGUUCGACAGGGGAUGGAGAUCUUGAAGAAGCUGGGGUAUAGGUUCCCCAAACGAGCUAGUGCCAUUGAACUGGCCACCAUUUUCCGUGUAGUUGGGUCUCUGUUCUCUCUGAAGAAGCGAACAGUGGAAGAAAUAGAUUCACUUCCCAUUUCAACCGAUACCAUUCAGCGGCAAAUCAUGCAUGUCCUUGACAAAACUGUCAGCUGCUGCUAUCUUGCCAAUGACAAGCGCCUACCCUUGGUGAUAAUAGCAUGCUUGCAAAUAACGCUCAAGCACGGUCUGAGCGACUACAGUGCUGUCGCAUAUGCACUGUAUGGUAUGAUUCUGGCUUCCUUAGGGGAAAUUGAGGGUGCUUCCAGAGUUGCUGACUGCGCUUUGGCAAUCAUUGAAAAAAUUGAUUGCCGAAGCGCAAUUGCAAGAGUUCUCUUUCUGCUGAAUGCAAUGUUAAGGCCUUGGUUCCUUCCCUACCAGGACUGUAGAAGGGCUCUAUUGAAUGGCUACAAUGCUGGUCUGUGUGCUGGUGAUGUUGAAAAUGGAAUGUGGUGUAUCGCAAUGUACAUUACUAUGGGCUUCCAGGCUGGGGUAUGCCUGACGUCCUUGGAAGCAGACACUCAUAUAUAUGUCAAGCAAGCGACGGAGCUUCGACAGCUCCAAUGCUAUGUCUACACAUCCAUGUUCCAAUCAGUUGUGCAGGAGUUGACAGGCACCUUGGAUUCCAACAUUGGUGUUGACAAGACCACUCUACCAGGAUUCAAGGAGCUGACAACGGUGCAGCAGUUCCAAACCCUUGAUAUGGAACGCAGUCGACUUUGCGCAAUAAUGGGACACCAUUCCGAAGGGGCUGAACUUUCCAUUAAAAGACGCGACAACUAUGCUAAGGACUCCGUGGGUCUCUUUUGGAACAUUGGUGACCCCUUCUACCGAGCUAUCUCCUUGUUUCAUGUGGCAAGAGAUACCAAAAAGAAAAAGUUCUUGAAAUUGGCCAAGAAACAGCGAGCUAUUAUCAAGAAGUUGGCCAAAAGUGGAAACCCAAAUGUCAGCCAUUACGAAUGCAUUCUCGACGCUGAAAGCGCUGCAAUCUCAGGUCGCGCUGACAAGGUGGAGGAACUAUACCAAAAGGGGGUUGUCAUGGCUGCCCGGUCUGGGUUCUUAAUGGAUGCUGCCUUGGGCAGUGAGCGUUGUGCUGAAUUUCUUCUUUCCCAAAAGAAUGACCAAGGAGGCGGUGCCUUUCGGAUGAAAGAAGCUGUGAGAUACUACACUGAAUGGGGCGCCCAUAGGAAGGUGCAAGAGUUAGAGAAAAGGCGGGAUGGAGUGCUUCCCGGCCCCCAGGCGUCAUUGUAUCAGUCGCCUUCGAAGCAGAUUACGAUGCAGCAAGUGUCGGUUCUAGAUGAUGAAAUAGAUGGCUAG